AUGGAGCAGCUGGGUCUUUGCUGCGGCCCUCCAGCCGCAGCAGCAGCAGCAGCAGCAACUGCAUCAGCAGCUGCAGCAGCAGCAGCAGCAGCAGCAGAAUCUUCUGCUUCUUUUAAUCCUGCAGCAGCAAAAGCCCUUAAUGCAACAAGAGGGAAGAUGGCAUUAUGGUUAGCAGCAGAGCUUGAGCUGCUGCAGCGGCUGCUAUAUAAGAUAAACGCGCAGCACCGUAAGGCUCCUUUUUUCUUUAAGUCUCGGGGUGUAUUGGCAGCGGGGGCCCGUUUGCUGCGUUUGCUGCUGCUGUGUCCCUCCUCUGCUGAGCCACAGCAGCAGCAGCAGCAGCAGCAGCAGCAGCAAAUGCUGCAGCAGCUUUUUAAACAAGCACGCCCUCUGCUUACCCAUGAGCAGCCUCAUUUGAUGCCUCGGCAGCAGCAGCUACAACAGCAGCAGCAAGAACAGCAGCAGCAGCAACAACAACAGCAACAGGGACAACAGCAGCACGAACAGCAGCAGCAGCAGCAGCAGCAGCAGCAGCAGCAAUUCAUGAGUUCCUUCCCAGUAUCCCUCUCCCCUUCAACGGGUGUUCUUUUUCAUCAACAGCAACAGCAACAGCAGCAGCAGCAGCAGCAGCAGCAGCAGCACCAACCCCAUCAUAAUUAUCAUCAUGAGCAGCAUCAGGAACAGCAGCAUCAAAAGGAGCAGCAGGAGCAUCAGCAGCAGCAGCAGCAGCAGCAGCAGCAGCAGGAGCAGCAGCAGCAUUGUAUAAAUUUUUUUAUGUCCUUAAAGAAUAUUCUUGCUGCUGCAUUUGAUUUACAAUUAGGAAUUGAAUUUGCUGCUGCUGCUGCUACGCAGCUGCUGCACCUUGGUUACCAUGUUGGUAUGGUUCUCCCUCUUCUUGCUAUUUAUGGGAGGUUAGCUGCAUUGGGUUUAUCCUUAUCUGUUGGUAUAGAGCAGCUGCUGCAGCAGCAUGCAGAGCUGCUGCAGCAGCCGGCGCUGCAGCAUAUAUUUCAGCAGCAGCUACCUGCUGCAGCAGAAGCAGCAGCAGCAACAAAAGCUGUUGCAGCAAUGACGCUUGCGGUAUCUCGUGGUGUAAAGGCAGCCCGUGCCUCAGGUGUACGUACACCUCAGACCCCAGCAGCAGCAGAUGCAGGUGCUGCUGCAGUGCUGCUGCAGUGGUCUGAGUCCUGUAGAGCUGCAUGCGAGGGAGCAGCAGCAGCAGCAGCAGCAGCAGCAAAGCCUUCAAAGACCGGUGCUGGUGCGGCGGGUGCAGCAGCAGCGGGUGCAGCAGCUGCUGCUGCUGCAACAGCAGCAGCAGCAACAGCAGCAGCAGCAGCAGCACGUCAUCAACAUCAGCAUCAUCAACAGCAGCAGCAGCACGGUGCAGCAGCAGCAGCAGCAAAGAGCAGCAGCAGCAGCACGCUGCCUAAGCAAUUUGUUGAUUUUGCUGUUUCUUCUGCCCUUCGUCUAUCUACUCGUAACAUAACAGAGGAAGUAGUAGCAAGGGAAUGGGCAGCAGCAGAAGCAGCAGCAGCAGCAGAAGCAGCAGCAGAAGAAGCAGCAGCAGCAUCACCAUCAGCAGCAGCAGCAGCAGCAGCAAAGACAUGCGUGUCUGCUGCAGACACAGCAGAUGAUCAUUUAAUUGAUUCAUCAUCUGCCUAUGAAGAAGAAUGGCUAAUGAGUACAUCUACUACAGCAACAAUCAGCAGCAGCAGCAGCAGCAGCAGCAGCAGCACCUUGCAUCAGCAGCAGCAUCUUGCAGCAGCAGCAGCAGCAGCAGCAGCAGCAGCAGAUGGGGAUUGUUUUGAAGCAGCAGAAAGUUUAUGGGAAGACGAAGAGGAAAUACAAACUGCUGCAUGCGCAGAAACAGAUGGCCCUUUUACCUAUCUAGCUAAUUUACUAGAUAGAUAA